CAGAGUCGAUCGAGUCGAGUACAGUGAGCUGAGAAGAGUCAUCCCUGCGAUCUGAAUUUGUACCAAAGAAGUACAAGAAUUGGAGUAAGAUUUGAGUAAACCAACAAACAACAAGGAAAAUGCGAGUUCUUUUGCUUUGUGGGGCCCUUUUGGUUGCCCUCGUUGGGACAUGUAGCGGAGAAGUGAAUGAUGAGAUCUACAUUGAUGAUGCGACGGAAGGUAGUCCUGAUAUGCUAGCUGAGAUUGAGAUGUCGAGUGGAGAUGGACCUAACGGUGUGGUGGGUCCUACUACAGAUGAUGAAGAUCUGGUGGAGGGAUCAGGCACAAGUAAUAAUCUUGAAGAUCCAGAUGUGUCCUUCUCUCCCACAACGAGACUAACCACCAUAAACAACAAUAUACAAGAGAAUGUUGGAAAGGACCAGUCCACUAUUUCAAAUAACCUUGGAGGGAUGUACGAUCAGGAGAAUGAGGUCCGGUAUAAGAAUGAUAAUGAUGCCCUUAAUGGUGGACCUAAUGAUGUUAAUGAAGAGCCACAGAACUUCUUCAAGAUGAUCUUUGAGAAUCCAGCUAUCUUAGCAGGUAUGGUUGGUGCAGUGGUUCUGAUUCUGCUGACGGUUGUUCUUCUCUUCCUCUUUGUCAUCUACCGUAUCAAGAAGAAGGAUGAAGGAAGUUAUUCCCUGGAUGAACCCCACAAAGUCAAGGAUCCUACAGCAUACUGGAAAGACACCAAAGAGUUCUACGCAUAAAACCCUUUCAUUUUCUUUGCAGAGACUUUUAUUUUAUUUGCGUAUCUUUGUUUUGGGCAAGGGAUAGUGCUCAGGUUUACUUUCCAACUAAUAUAACAUUGAUUGGAUCAAAUUUGGACAAAUGAAACAUGGUGUAGGCCUGCAGGCACAAACCAUUCUAUCAUGGGCUGGCUGACCUCAAAUACCAAAUUAUAUGCAAUUUUUUUCUCAUUUAUUUUGAAAGAAAAGAGAAGUUAUUUUUUAUUUAUUCAUUAAUGAAAAGGAACAUUGAAAAAUAUUUUUUUUCUCAGUGCUUUAGGUCUCAGGGUGUAGCAUUGUAAAUGAGGAGAAGAUAUCUUCUUUUAAUUUUUAAUAUUGCGCUUUUAAUCUAUGGGAAGAAAAAUAGAUGUUUUUUUUUUCUUUCUAUUUAUCAAUUCUUCAGCAUCUCAAAACAGAAAAAAUCGAAUAAAAGUGGGAAACGUUUUCUUUUAUUAAUGGAUUGUAUAAGUUGAAUGGUAUAUUUUCUACAAAUUUUUGCACUUUUAUGAUGUAUCUUUGCACAAUGUCUAGCCUUUAAUUUUUUUUCCUCCUUUUCCUUUUUUCUGUGUACUUCAUUUAGUUUUAUUUUACCUUGAAAAUAGAAAAUUGUGUACUUAAGAGUGACUUUUAUCUUCCAUGCAUACUUCAUUUUGAAGGAGAUUAAAUGGAUUGUUCUGAGUACAGUCAUCAAGUAGAGAAAUGGUAUUCUUUCAUUCAGACAUUCAUUCAUUCCACAUUCUAGUCUACUCAUUCUUUAAUCAGUAUAUGCAUCACAUAAUAUAUCUUAGCUUUCUUGUAUGUGAAAUCAGGUUUAGAAAUAACUAUUUUCCAACGUAUCAAAAAAUAAGUAUGAAAGAUACCUACUUCUUUCCCAAAGUAAGCUAUUACAGACAAGACAAACAGUAGUGAAGUUUCACUGUUUCUAUUCUUUAAUUAUUACUAUGAAACGUGCCUCCAUGGAAAAAUCACCAAGAACGGAAAUGUGUAUGUGUAUAAAUGAAGUAGAUAAAUUGGUGUAGACUAGCUUGAUCUAGUGUCUGUCAGUGUGGAUCCAGUUUUGGAAUGUUUCCUCUUAGUUACAACAUCAAAACAAAAACUCCUUAUGAUCAAUGCUAAUCAUGUUGUUUUGAUCGCAUAUCAGUAUGUUGGAUGUUUUUAUAAGAAAAAUCAAGAUAUUAAGAAUGAAAAAUGGAGUUGUACUUCUGAAUGGACACCAUGUGCUGCUAAGGUACACAUGGCGUUACAUAUAAGUGUUAGUUCCCAAUGAAAUAUUGCACUCUCAUUUUUAUACAACAUAUAGAUAGAUUUGACUGCCAGUGAAGUAUGAUAGUUUGUUAGCUUGGUUAUAUGAAUCACCUUAUUUUGUAUUGGAUGAAUGAAAGUUUGCAAGAGUUGUGUACGUGUACAUGUUGAUUGGUCUGAAAAAAACAUUUUCUGAGAAAUUGAAAGAAAAACAAAAAUCUUUACACAAUCUUGUCUCACAUUUGACAUUCUUCUAACCAAAUUUUCCAGUAUUUUAGUUGUUUCAGGAGUUAUAAAAGAAACAAAUGAAAAAAUGUAUGAAAAGCUAUUUGUUUGACGACACCACAUAGAUGGAAACUGCAUCUUUCAGAGUUAAUGCGAAACAUGUCCAAGACUUACCACUCAAAUCAUGAGAGUAUGAAAGCGAUGUGAAAACUUGUGAAAUAUAUUCAUUUUUACACCUCUUGUUUCUGUCAAGCUAUUUGUAUCUUGUUCACGUAUCAUGUAUAAGUAAUGCGUAUUGGUAAAGAGUGACUAAAAAGUAAAUAACUUUUUUUUUUUGGUCCAAUUAAUUGGUUUUAAAUGCGCUACAUGUAUGAAAAUUGUACAAAGAAUUGUGUAGCAUUUUCUUUAUUCAAUACUUGAGUAAGUGUCUAAGUUACAUAGCGGGUUUUCCAUGUACGUUAAGAUAUUUAACAGAGUCAUUUUAGAUGCUGAAGCAUAAUACCAUGAGUAUUAGCUGAUGCAAGACUGUAUAUAUGCUUGUAAGCUUGCUUUCUUUUAUUAUUGUACUGGUGGUAGAAAUUAAUGUAUAUUAUUAAACGACUUUAGAACACAGUUCUACACAUACAGGUAUGUAGUAUUGCUAAUUUUAUCUGAUCAUCAUUUCUUUUUUUAUUCAUAUAGCAAUAUGCGCAAUUGCAAAAUCUACCUGCUUGAAUCAGUUACUCAAAGACAUUUAUUCAAAGUCAAUAUUCAAACUCUAUUUAUACCUUUAGUAUAUAGCAUGUUCAUACGUUUGUAGAACCUUUUCCCGAAGUCAAGCAUUCUACUCAAAAUACUUAUCCAAUUUUUAGUUUAUCAGGCAGGCAGGCUAGCAGACUGAUAUUCUAGCUGAACUUCAUGCCAAUAUUUUGAACUGAUUUAGUUGAACUACAUGUAUACAAAAAAUGUGUGUCAUUUGUAAUUUGUGUAUGAACAUCAUGAACUAUGCACCGAUUUAUGCGACCCUGAAACCUGAAUCAAGAAGGGCUUCUCUUGUGUCAUUCUAAUUCUUUGUUUAUCAAGUCAAUUACGCCACAAUUUAAUAAUUAAAUCUGUAGUAAAAUAGAAGUUUUAAAUGACUGAAACUGACCCAUCUAUGAACUUACCAUCUAUGACUAUAAGUUUGAGCAACGAGUCUACACAAACGAAACUUUUAUAAGAAAGAGUCCAUUUUAAUUAUACCUGUGUUUUGUGGGGAAUAGUAUUGUAACAAUAGUAUAGUAGUGUAACAAUUCAUGGGUUGUUCGGCAUACUAGCAACUAGAAAACUUCACAGAAGUACAUGAAAUUUUGAAUUAAAAAAAAUCAAUCAACAGGUAUUUGAAAUUUUACCCUUGGUAUAAAGACUGAAAAUGAAUUCACUCACCUUUUAAUGUCAGUGAAGUAUUUUCUUGUUUGUUUGUGGACCAAAGUAACUGAAAUGCUGUGAAUUGUUUUUAAUAUCUGCAACUACCGGUACUUGUGUCAGCGAAAAGACAAUUUGCAUGAAAUCAAUCUCUAAUUAUUUUUACUUGUGUGAAGUUUUUAGGAAGAUUUGGAUAUUUUUUCUUCUUCAUUUUAAAUAAAGAAAUUUUAAUAAAGAAAAGACCUUUUUAUGAUGAUAAAACUUACAAAGAGAAAUCUAGCUUUAAUAACCAAGAUGAAACUUUGAAACACACUUGUAAGCAUUUCUGCUAUGAGCCUUGUUAAGUGUUUAUAUUAAUAUCACUUUAUUCACUUGUCUUGUUUGGUUUUUAUCCCUUUUCUUAAAGAUGUCUGCCAUACGUUAUAAUAAAUUCACCAGCAUUUUUUCAUAAAAUG